CCCCACUCACACUCACAGGAAGAAGCACCGCGAGCGCGUUCUCGAGCGCUCAGCUGAGAGAGCUCGAGCGAGUUGAGCUGACAGAGUUUGUUCGUCGCCGUCAGGAGGAAACAAACCAGGGGGGCUUAAACGUCCUCGACAUGACGACAAAAACCUCCCCUGACCGAAGCGGAUAUCCUUAACAAUACGCUGGACUCUGUUCGGUUCCCGUGAAUGGCUUAGCAGGCGAGUUAUGCGCAGUUGGAAAUGAGGGAGCUUGUGUUUUUUUCUCCCUCGUCGUCCAGCGAGAGGACAAGAUGGCAGCGAGAGCGCGUCGAGCAUGUAGUGGGUGCGAAUUAAACCCGAACAUGUUCACAAAACACCCGCAGUCCGACCACAGCUGCUGUCUGUGAAGGUAUGGCCUCACAGGUUACGGUCUGCCCACCACAUGUUUAUCAACCCCAGACAAGUGCCUUUUGCAGAGCGAAGAAAAUCGAUCCCAGCAGCUGUGUUUACCAUGAGAAGAUCCCUCGCACUUACGUGGUCGGUGUGAAUCUAGGCAUUGCGCACCCUACGGAUAUUAUACCUUUAUCGAGAAUCGAAGCUUUGAAUAGCGAGAAACCCUGCGUUGCGCGGGACAUCUCGAAACAGACUGAAACAGCUCCGCGAGGGCUCCUCGGAAGGGCUUCGUCGCCAUACAAACGUGUGGCGUCGGAAAGUGACCUUCAGUAUUUCUCCAGAGCGGCUGUGGCAGUUGAAGAAAGUGGAGACAGUGGCCAAAACAGCCAAAGCAGUAGUAGUAGAAGUAGUGGCGGUGCUCCGGAGGGGGCAGAGAGGAACGGUGGUUUGAAUUCGUUUGACGGAACCCAGAGAUGUGGGUUUAAAUGCAAAGGGAAGGAGCUUGAGAACGGCAAGAGCAUCAUGCAGAUAGUAGAGGAGCAUUCGACUCUACCUGCCAUGUUGCAAACAAACGUUGGGAGCACGACCGCGGUAGGAGUGGCCCCGCCCGAGCAGAACGCGACCGGGACGGGAGCCGUGAGCGGGACAGGUGACGGCGACUAUCAGUUGGUUCAACACGAAGUGCUGUGCUCCAUGAAGCACACCUACGAAGUGCUGGAGUUCUUGGGACGUGGUACGUUCGGUCAGGUGGUCAAAUGUUGGAAGCGAGGCACCAAUGAGAUUGUGGCGGUGAAGAUACUGAAGAACCACCCAUCGUACGCCCGUCAGGGCCAAAUUGAGGUGAGCAUCCUGGCCCGACUGAGCGGGGAGAACGCAGAGGAGCAUAACCUGGUGAGGGCUUUCGAGUGCUUCCAGCACAGAAGCCACACCUGUCUGGUGUUUGAGAUGCUGGAGCAGAACCUGUACGACUUCCUCAAGCAGAACAAGUUCAGUCCGUUGCCACUGAAGGUGAUUAGGCCCGUUCUGCAACAGGUGGCUAUGGCGCUGAAGAAGCUCAAAAGCUUGGGCCUGAUCCAUGCCGAUCUUAAACCGGAGAACAUUAUGUUGGUUGAUCCCGUGAGGCAACCUUUCCGUGUGAAAGUGAUUGACUUUGGCUCUGCCAGCCACGUUUCCAAAGCUGUGUGUUCAACGUACCUGCAGUCUCGCUAUUACAGGGCUCCGGAGAUCAUCCUGGGCUUACCUUUCUGUGAGGCCAUAGACAUGUGGUCACUGGGCUGCGUCAUCGCUGAGCUCUUCUUGGGCUGGCCGCUUUAUCCAGGAGCGCUGGAGUAUGACCAGAUUCGUUACAUCUCUCAAACGCAAGGGUUGCCGGGAGAGCAGCUUCUGAAUGUUGGGACGAAGACGGCCCGGUUCUUCUGCAAGGAGUCUGAUUCACCGUACGCCGCCUGGAGACUGAAGACGACUGAAGAACACGAGACAGAAACGGGACUGAAGUCCAAGGAGGCGAGGAAGUACAUUUUCAGCUGUCUGGAUGACAUUGGACAUGUGAAUCUAAUGCUCAAUAUGGAGGGCUGUGACCAGUUGGCGGAGAAAGCUGACAGGAGAGAAUUCGUGGACCUGCUAAAGAUGAUGCUGAUGAUUGAUGCCGAUCAGAGAAUCUCCCCUUCAGAUGCACUUACCCACCCUUUUGUCACUAUGCAGCACCUGAUGGAUUUCCCCCAUUGCAACCAUGUCCAGUCUUGUUUCCACAUCAUUGACGCGUGUCACUCAAGAACCAGCAUAUACGAUACUCUCAACCGCAACAAAGCACCCCCACUUAUGAAGCCUGUGACGCUUCCAAGUGCUCCAAAUAUCACUGUCGCCUUCAACAAGAUGCCAUCUGUCCACUCUCAGACUCUGGCGCCGUCUGCUCCACCUGUGGUGCAUCCAGGAAUUCCCAUCCAGACAGGAAGUGCCCAGUUUGGGUGUAACGAGUCCUUUCAGCAGGCACUCAUUCUGUGCCCUCCUGCUCUUCAAGGAAUCCCUUCAAACCCAAAUCAGCCAGCAGGAUAUUCGGUUAGAAUGGAGAACACACUUCCUCUGGUGACCCAAGCCCCAGCUAUCCAGCCUUUACCCAUGAGACCAGGAGUUAUAGCACAACAGCCGUGGUCCAACAGAACUCCACAGAUCCUGGUGCCAGCUUGGCAGCAGGUCCCGCCACCUGCUACGAGCUUGGCAUCCGAUACAGUCGUUGGACCGCAGAGACGAGGAGACUGGGGGAAAGUGCGGCCACACAGCAGCCAUUACAGUUCGGUGAUGCCCCAGCCUAUUGUUCCCAACCAAAUGGCUGUGUCAGCCCAUCAGCCUAUAAACAUUGGCAUUGCUCAUGUGGUCUGGCCUCAGCCUGCAUCUAACAAGAGGAACAAACCCAGCCAGAACAGGAGUAUGAAUGUCUCGCACUACACGGACACACAUCCCUCAGUGUGUCCGUCACCAAAGAUGGCAGACAGGUUGGCGAAUGCAAAGCCACAGACAAGCUCUCCUGACAGAGAGGUGCAGGCCCAGGUGAAACCGGAACCGGAGCAAGUGGAGGAGGAGGGCUGCUGUAAGGCGACAGUGGCCAAUCAGCAGCGAGAGUCGAUUAUUAUAAGAGAGUCGCCCAGCCCAGCAGUUAGCGUCAUUAGCAUAAGCAGCGGCACGGAUGAAGAGGAACAAGCACAGAGGUGUUCCCUUAACAAGUGUAAGGGCAGUCCCGAGUGUGAGGCAUGCACAGGCUCUCUGAACAUGGAGCGAGUCUGUUCCCUUAGCAGCCCCGAUAGCAGUCUAAGCACCAGCUCCUCCGCCUCGGCACAGUCCAGCCCCUCGCCAUGCAAAAGACGCAGCAGUAUAUCGGAAGAUGAUGGCCAUGAAAGUGGGUGUGAAACAGUAGACGGCUCGCCCCCUUCAGACUCCUCCCUAGGGCCCCACGACAGCCCCUUCCCUGAAAGACGCUUCCUGACCAAUCAGAACCAGAACCAGGAACCCCAGGCCAGGCAUGGACACCCCAACACAGCGCUGAAUAAACCUGCAGUGAGGACCGUGGUGGUGCCGCCCAUGAGAGUGCUGAACAAUAACCAUCAUCCCAACAAUGAGCAGCACAUAGUCAGCACAGUCUUAGAAUCCUCCUGCCAGUCCAGAGGUCGCUGCGGCCCAGGACGACUGAGCCACCUUUCCACGCCCACGCUGCCCCGCCAGCAGAAACUGAGCUCUUCAUUCCAGCCACAGCCGCCAGGCUUUGGCCAGGUCCAGCAUUACGGAUCGUGCCACAAGGAGUGGAACGGCAACUACCGGCAGCCGCGCAGGCCACAGGCCUUCAUCCCGCCCACAGUGCACGGCCCCACCUUCCCGCUUCCCCACGGCAGCCCCACACACUCGGCCGGCCACCCGCCACCUCCCGCCCUCCUCUCCUAUCCGCCUUCCGCACCCGUGGCCCACCUCUUGCCUUCGCCGUGCCAACCGCCGGCCCCUCGACCCGUCUUGCAGCCCGCCUACAGCCUGGUGCACCACCAGGGCAUCAGCGUGGGCAUCAACCACAGGCUGCUGCCCUCCCCCACCCUGCUCCCGCAGGGCCAGUUCAAAGCCCUCUUUCCCCCGCACUCCUAUGUGGCAUCACCCGCCUACGCAGGCUUCCCCCUCAGCCCCAGCAAACUCAGUCAGUACCCAUACAUCUGAGCUGGAGCCCGCGACAGCCGCGCGCACGCAGCCGGCACUGAGCCGGCACAUCUUUUCUUUCCUUAUGAAGUGAUGAUGAUGAUGCAAAUCGAGCUUUAUAGAUAUCAUGGAGAAUAACAAACAGAUGAGUGGACACAAAACACAAAAACUCAGUUUUAAUGUGUUUUUGCACAUUUGAUACAACAGAAUCCCUAGUUGCGAGACCCUCGGCCAAGGGCCGCAGCAGAUCCCCUAUGCUAUUUUUCGAUAUUGCCUUCAGACGUGCGUAUUAGACUCUCGUUCAAGCCAUCGCUGUCUCCAGUGUGUGUGCGCGAGUCCCCCUCGUGGCGACCUGUCCGUAUUUUUUCCGUAGCUCCUCAGUGUUAAGUCUCUUUUAGACCGGUAUUGAAAAGGUUCUGUCACGCUGCAUGUCUCUGCAUGGGCAAAUGUCGGACUUCAAAAAAAAAAAAAAAACGGAGGGUGGAGGCCUGCAAACCGUCGCUUUUCGCCCUCUGUGUAUGUGUUGUACGACUUGCUGCAUUGAAUCCGUUGGGGUUCAAUAAACAGUGCCUUAAACUACAUGUUGUUGCAAGUUACCCCGAGUCCCACAUGCAGUCAUGCGUUUACCUGACUGCAGCACUUGAAAAACUUUCAAUCGUUCUUUGUGAUUUUUAUAUUAGGGCUGUUUCAUACAGUAGAUCUUUGGUUUAUUUGUGCUCGGUGCAUUAGCGCGUUCGUUGGCUUACGUAAUUUCUACAUCAGUGUCGUUUCUACUUAUUUAAUUCAUUUCUUGGGGUCGCGACGGGAGUUUUUGUUUGAACACCAACACACAAUUAGGCUCAUGAUUUGCCCUUUUGUACAGGCGAAAUGUUUCGUUUGACGCCUUAGAUGAUUUGCGCAUUAUUCGGAAGUCGUGUGGUAUUUACAGGUGGAUGUCUUGCGCUGAGUGGUAGCAGAGUUUGCUUCGCCGUAGCAGAGGCCGAUGAACUAUGUAUAGAAACGUUUGAGUACUUUCAUAUUUGAUAAUCUGUUUCUACUCUAAUAGUAUUUACACUGUUUAAUGAACCUGCAAUACAAUCCAUAGUUUUCGGGGUGCGUUUUUCGUUUGCUUUCCAUCAAAUUCUAUGUUAUUUUUAGAGUUAGAAGUGUUAUCGGUGUUGGAUUCCUAUCAGCAGAUAGCUCUUUGAUGAUAUUGUAUGGUUUCAUGUUUGCUUUGUGCAGAAUUAAUUCAGUAUUGAGUAUCCAACUGUAAAGUCUAUCAUUGCUGGAGUAUUCAGUGCUUUAUAAGACGAGAGUUGAUCGUGUGCAAUUUUCUUCAUAGACGCAUGUGACAAGGAUUGUUUCGUAUGCUCUCUCUCACCAUUUAAUUGCUUUUUUGACGCUGGCUGUUUUGAUUUUCGAACAUUCCGUCAGGGAGAAAUAGCUUUUUUUUUUUCAGUGUGAAAUUAAUUUUUAGAUUUGAGUUUUUCCAUUCUAGGUGCGUUCUUUCAUUACGCUUUCGCUACACCAAAGACAGUACUUCAUUUCUUAAGCAGAGUAGCUACUGUUUUAGCGUAGACCUCGGAUGUAGUGUAGUUGAGGCCGUAUUUAACAGAAAAAUCUAUGUAAUAAAAUGUUGAGGUUGAUGUUUAGCUUUUUCCGGGCAAGUUAUGACUUUGUUUCAUUUAUUCUUGAAUGUAUCAUAGAUAAGCUGCUAUAUACUGAUUGCCACUUCAUAAUAGCUGUGAAAUUAGAUGAUUAACUUUGUUCUUAGCCUUCUUAUUUUUAUAUAUGUCUAAUUACCUUGAAAUAGAAGUGAGAUGAUUUUUUUUUUUCGUUUGUUUGUUUGUUUGUUUUUGGGUUUUAGCGUACUGACUGGCAUCAGAUGCAUUUUAAUGCCUCUCUCUGUUUUGCUUUCUUUUUUUGAAGUGUCAUUGUAACUACUGUAUUGCAAGUAAUGGAGAUUUUUGGGUUUUCGUGUGCGUGGGUUUGUAUUCUUUUACGUUUCGUUUGCAUCAGUGUUUUAUCUGUUGUUAUCUUGGGGCUAAUCUUACGUAUUAGAUGCAUAUUGGUGUAUAUCUAUCUUAGUACGUAUAUUUGCAUUUUGUUAAGCAUAGCUUGCAGGAUAGAUUUAACUUUUUGUUUUAAGUAUGAAAUUCUGUAUUCAACGACCCACUUAUAUCACCAUUUCAGACUGCUAUUAGCACUUGAUUCUUUCGAUAAGCUAGCCAAAAAUUUGGGUUUGGGUUCAAAUCUCAUUUGGGCGUCUCAUCUCAGUAACUACAGUGCUUAGAAUUUUUAUUUUUAUUUAAUUUCCCCCUCUUAUUAUUGUGAUGGUACUAGUGCUGUCAAACCAUUAAUCGCGAUUAAUCAAAUCCAAAAUGAAAGUUUUUGUGUACGUAUGUGUGUUCUGCUUGUAUGUAAAUAUAAAUAUACACACAUACAUGCAUAUAUUUAAGAAAAAUAUGCCAUGUUUAUAUAUUAUCUAUAUUAUAACCUAAAUUAUCUGAAUAUAAAUAUAUACAUUUAAAUGCAUGUAAAUAUUUUCAAAAUACAUACUGUAUGUGUGUGUGUAUUUAUAUAUACAUAAUAAAUAUACACAACACAAACACACAUUAUGUACACAAAAACGUAUUUAGGAUGCGAUUAAUUGAAUCCAAAAUGAAAGUUUUUUUGUGUAUGUGUGUGUACGGUUUAUUUAUUAUGUAAAUAUAAAUAUACACACAUGUAUAUAUUUAAGAAAAAAUUGCUGUUUAUGUAUUACAUAUAUUUAUAACAAAUUAUAUGAACAUAAAUAUAUACAUGUAAAUGCAUGCGUGUAUGUGUGUGUAUUUAUAUAUACAUAAUAAAUAUACACAAUACACGCAUAUAUUAUGUACACAAAAAAUUAUUUGGGAUGCGAUUAAUCGUGAUUAGUCGAAUCCAAAAUGAAAGUUUUUGUGUGCGUGUGUAUUGUUUGUUUAUUAUGUAAAUAUAAAUAUACAUGCAUACAUGUAUAUAUUUAAGAAAAAAAUAAAAAAUAAAAAAUUGUUUUAUUAUUAUUUUGGAUGCGAUUAAUCGCAAUUAAUCACGUUUAAUUGUUAGACGGCACUAAAUUGUACAUGAAAUACACGCAUGAAGUUGUAUCAGGUAUAUUAAUGUGUUUAAACAUGCUUAUUUUAGGGCGUCUGUUCUCAUUUAUAUAUGGGUGUGUUUGUCCUCGCACCGGUCCCUGCUCUUUAAAGUGAGCGACACUGCGUUAGUGCCUUUGAAAUGUGCUUCAGACCUUUAUAUCCCUUUUACAAACACUGCCUGCCAGCCUCUUCCUCUCAUGACCGAGGAACGAAAGCGUAGCAGUGUUUGGUAGUCGUAACUGAAGCGCUGUUGCUUAAAAGUAGACCGUAAUCCGCGGCCGACGUCCUGUCGGAUGUCGAUAACCUGAUAACCAAUGGUGAGUUGAGUUAAUAGUCAUGCAAUGCAGUAAUGACCUUUAAGGUGGAAAAUUGUGGAAAGAAAAUCCAAUCAUGCUUGAUUAAUUUCUAUUUUUAUGACCAACAACGAAAAACAAUAAUGAAAUGAUAUCAGGGAUUGUUAUGAUGAUUAUUAUUAUGCUGACUAAACACCCAAGACACGGUUUUCUUGUAUUUGGGGAGCUAUACAUGAUACACUGUGAAUGUAAACCACCAUUUGUUAAGUAGAAUGAACAUUGCCCUUUGUUUCACAGGAUGUUUAUUGCUUUAGCCGACUUCAUGGAGAUACAGUCCUCUAUUUUAUCUUUAGCAUGUAGCACUAGAGAUGAGUACUAAAUUGCUACUCAUGCGCACAUGAAAUGAAUUCACUGCAUUAAGUAACAUUUCAGAUGUUUUCGUUCUAACCAAACCCAACCUAAUGAGAGUCAGUCUUAGCGGAGUUGCUAAGAAUGGAUGGAUCUGCAAACGAAAGUUGAUGUUUUUGAAACUCCCAAACCAAACCGUUUUUUGUUUUCUUUAUUCCAUGUUUUUCUUUUUUGUACAGUUAAUUCAGGGUCCUUGUAUUUGUCAUAUGUGCUACUGUGUAACACUUGCCGUAAGAUUUGGGUUGGAUUGCUUUAGAUCUAUUUUUAACUCUUCUGCAGAUUAUAUUUUAGUAAAAGUUAAAUCUCACUGCAAGUUAUCGGUAAUAUUUAGACUUAAGAGCGAACAGACUUGAUUUACUAAAUCUGAACUGUUACUGUUUUCAUAUUUGUAAAUUUUUUUGUGGCUUUCUGAUUUCUGUUUGCUUUUGAUUUUCUAUGCUACAUUAGUUUGCCAUGUAGCCACUGCACUGUGCAAUAUUCACUAUAUGAGGACUGGGAAACCUUUUUUUUUUUUUUUCCUUUUAUUUUUG